GAACUAAAACGUGUUGAUCGUUUCAGUAAGAUUUCUAUUGCUUAAGAAAAUGAAAAUAAAACAGGAAAACCCCAGCUUUUCCGACCUGGACUCAGCUUCGGACUCAGAACCAGGAAAUGCCGAAACCAUCUCUCCAACCAAGAUAAAAACCGAGCCGGCAGAAUCCGCUCCCGCUGAGGUUCCGGAAGAAGAAGAUGAUAAUGAUGAACUGCCAACAUAUAAUUUCAUCGAGGAGGAAGUGCCGGAACCUGGUUUGCAAGAAUUAGCGCUCGCAAUGUCCGCGGAAGAAAAUCUGAAAGUUCUCGACGCCAUGUUGAGCAAAACCCGCUUGCACGGAGCCAUGGAGCUGAAACUGAAAUCCUACAUUUCCAUGUUUCCCCACAUCAAACCACUACCAGUGAGCGAUUCGGUUGUGGAAAUCGAUCUUGCGAACCCGAACGAGGAUACAUGGAUUCUGCAGUGUCCGGCCAACGUGGAUAUACACAGUGAGCUGCUGAAUAAAAAGAUCAACCUGUCGGCACCCAGCUCAAAGAUUAAACAUUGUUCAAUCCCGCUAAAUGCGGAUGUUACUCCAAACACUGGCGAACAAGCAGUCGGAUUGAUGUGUGGUUCCCGGAUAAAAUCAUUCGUCCCGGCCGGUUUCAUACGCAUACGCGAAACGUCGACUGUUCCUGCCGAUGUGGAAGUGGCGGAAGAUACGAACACCGUUGAGAUUCCGUUUCCGGCCGAUAUCCGCCAGCGUCAUCCAUUGUUGGGGUACGACUUCGAAGAUUCGAUGGUUGUACCGAAACGGGUGAAAGAGCGACUCGUGCUGGCACGGAAACAGGCUGAACUUUUCUACACCACACCGGUGCCGGUGGCAUCUGGCGGCGCGGUUAAAAGGUCUAAAUCAAAAUCGAAACAGAUCAAACAGGAACCGAAAGCAAUUACAAUCAAGGAGGAACCCCUGGGCGACGUAGAGGAUGAGUUUGUUUCACCUACAAAAACAGCGAAAAAACGAAAGGCAGAUACAUCGACUGUACCUACCCCAAAGAAAAUGAUAAAACUGGAGAAGGUUUCCCUGGAGGACGUCGUACCCGAAGACACUCAAGUCGUAAAGAAACCGACUACCAUAAAAAUGGAGGACGUCGAGGACGAUAUAUCAUGGUUGCUGAAUAUCUAACCUUCCCGAAUAAACGUUAUCGACAUUCUUUUGCUGUACUGAAAUGAUCGCACGUAGUUUAUAUUUAAUCCUCUCCGAACGAGAGGGAUAUAGCUUUACUUUAUUAGCACAUACGGAGAACAGUACCUGUUGAUGUUCCUUCCCAACGCGUGUGAUUUUGCUGGAAUGCUGAUAAAAUGCAAAUUUGUGCUAUAAUCCCGAAAACAUACUUUCCAUUAGGUGGAUUGAAAAAAAAUAUAAAUGUUCUAUUCCUAACGCAUCGUGGUAAGUGGUAUAUUUUGAUUUACUUUCGGUCGCUACCGUCACCUU